UGAGUAGCGGCGCCUAUGUGCUCAGUGUCAGGGAGCCCGUGCACCAUGGUGCGCAUGAAUGUCCUUGCGGAUGCUCUGAAAAGCAUCAAUAAUGCAGAGAAACGUGGCAAACGCCAGGUCCUCAUCAGACCAUGUUCAAAAGUGAUUGUGCGAUUCCUGACAGUAAUGAUGAAGCAUGGUUACAUUGGGGAGUUUGAGAUUAUUGAUGACCACAGAGCUGGGAAAAUUGUAGUCAAUCUCACAGGAAGACUUAACAAGUGUGGCGUUAUUAGCCCCAGAUUUGAUGUUCAACUGAAGGAUCUGGAGAAGUGGCAAAAUAACCUCUUGCCUUCACGUCAGUUUGGGUAUAUUGUGCUCACUACUUCAGCUGGCAUCAUGGACCACGAAGAAGCCAGGCGAAAACACACAGGAGGCAAAAUCCUGGGAUUCUUUUUCUAAGCUACCCGAGAAAAUAAACCGUUCUUGAAAAAUG